AUGGCUCCCAACACCCUCGAAUUCCAAUUCCCCAAUACCCUCAGAGGAAAGAAGAUCCUCCUAGCAACCGAAUCAUGGGGCCCCGUCAACGGCGUCUCCCGCACAACAAGGAGUCUAGUCGAGUAUCUACGCGCAAACGGCGCAGACCUAACUCUCGUCGCCCCCUUCUUCAAAGGAAAACACUCCUCAUCCCCAUCUGAGCUCCGUCUCCCAGGCUGUCCACUCCCUUACAAUCCAGACCUAACAGUCGUCUACCCAUUCCAUCUACAAGAUAUCUUCUCAACAUUCACACCAGACCUCAUUUACCUCGCAAGCCCCGCCUCGCUGGGCUUCCAGAUGUUAUUGCAGAUAAGACAACUGCGCAAUCCCCCACCAGUCCUACUAAACUUCCAAACCGAUCUCUCCGCCUACGCGGAGAUAAUGCUCCCGUCUCCACUGGAUCGAUUCGGUGUUUGGCUCUUGGGGACAGUACAGGGAUUCCUUUUUCGAACACCCGCCGUACAAACCAUCUUCUACCCUUGCUCUGAUAUCAAAGGGUAUUUGGAAAGUGUACGGGCACCGAGCGAUCGACUAGUGAGACUUGGACGAGGCGUCGACACGACAUUAUUCAGUCCGUCGCGCCGAGACGAGAAUUUUCGAAAAAUGAUCGCGCCACAGGGCGAGAUAAUUCUCCUCACAGUAUGUCGGAUCGCGCCUGAGAAAGGAUUCGAAUUUCUAGCGCGGGUCGCAGAGAGACUCGUGCAAGAGAAAGUGGCGUUUAAGCUGGUUGUUGUUGGUGGGAAUCGGAAUCCAGUUGUUGAAGAUAGGGUGCAGAGGUUAUUUGACCCUGUCCGGGAUCGAGUUAUCUUCACCGGGUUCAUGACUGGCGAUGCGCUUUCGAGAGCUUACGCUUCAGCGGAUUUGUUCUUGCAUUGUUCUAUCACUGAGACCUUUGGUCUGGUCGUUCUUGAAGCGAUGGCGAGUGGAGUUCCGGUCAUUGCGCGCGAUCAAGGCGGGCCUUCGGAUGUUAUUCAGCAUGGUCGGACGGGGUAUUUGGUUCCGCCGCGGGAUCUGGAGGGUUUCGUUCAUUUGAUUCGAGACGUGACGGGGGAUCGAGCUUUGAGGGCGGAUCUUGCGGUGGCGGCGAGGGGGUAUGCGGAUGAUACGACGUGGGAGAAGAUUAAUUGUCGGGCUGCUAGGCAUAUGGCGGCGGUGCUGUCGCAUGCGGAUCAGGAGUCGCAGGUUCAGAGACGUGUGGCGAGGCCUGGUGUUAUUGGGGGGUUCUUUGAGCAGCUUCGUUUGAUGCUUGCGGUUGGAUUGGUGUAUUUCAUGUGGCUGAUCUCUGUUGUUCCGUUGAUUGUUCAUGGGAAUCGGUUCUUGCCUCGUGCUUGGCAGGCUCUGCAGGGUCAGUUUCAGGGGACGCGGCCGUUGCGCAGUUGA